UUCUUCGCGUCUUUCGUUCGGAGAACGUUUGCUGUAAAAAAUUUACUUUGCAAAAGGUGUUAAAAAUCUGACUCGAAAAUGUCGUUCAAAGGCUCGAAAGUGCAAAAGGUGAUGGUUCAACCCAUCAACCUUAUUUUCCGCUACCUCCAGAAUCGAUCCCGCGUUCAGGUGUGGCUCUACGAGAACACUCAUCUCCGGAUAGAAGGUCACAUCGUCGGAUUCGACGAGUACAUGAACCUGGUGCUGGACGAGGCUGAAGAGUACAACAUCAAGAAGCAAAACCGGCGCCAGCUGGGCCGAAUCAUGCUGAAGGGGGACAACAUCACACUGAUCCAGAAUGUGCAGACGAACUGAGAGGAGGCGAGAUGCGCGAAAACUCCCAACACUUGAUUCUUAAGAUUAAUUUAAUUUCAUAUUUCAAUCAACAUUAACUGGAUUUUUUCUUUGGAAAAGUCCAUUUUUCAGAGUACGAUAAAUGAUGAACUCUUAGUGUAAGCUGUGAGCCACUGCUGUAAAAUAUGAAUAAAAGAGAACUAAACGGAUGUUGACC